GUAAUUAUAACCUCUAAACAGUUCGGCAUUUGAAACAAUUUCUAUAAUCAUCAAUAAAUACUAGGCGGUUCAAAUCAGUAUUAAAAUAAAAAUGUUUCCUAUAAAGCAUGGUGUGAUAUAUAGAACACCGGAACAACACCAGCCUCCAGAUGACACCAAUCUUGCUGGCAAUACGGAAUAUCCUAAUCUGAACUCGCGCGAUUACGCGAAGAGGCCAUUAAAUCGGCAUAUCCGCAUGCAUCAAGCUUGGGAAUGUAUUGCUCUUAAUACAGAGCAACAGGCAAUAAUAGCCACAAAUAAAUUAUCGGGGCGUGAAUGGGCAGGAUCGAUUUGGGGAUUUGAAGAUGUUGGCGAUGGGACCAAGUUGAAACCAGCAAAAGCGUGCUACAAACUGCAAUGCCAAACGCUAAUUUCCUGCUUGCAAUACAUUGCAGAUAAUAUUUUCCUUGUCGCAAUGCGGUCGGGACGUGUACAAGUAUGGUCCACCAAAUCUGAGGUGCGCAGCCCCCAAACACCUUACUGUAUGUUUUUGAUAGGUGACAAAUGUGAGCAUAUGCGUCCAGUUACGUGCAUGAAUGUGAAGGCGAAUAUGGAGCAUGCAAUUACCGGCAGCAAAGAUGGCGCUUUGAAAGUUUGGGAUGUAGGUUGUGCUGAUCUUAUCUCCAUUCACACUUUUCGGUAUGCACAUACUGAUGUAGUUACUGGUGUUGCCGCGUCAAAUACGGAGACUUCAAUAUUUGCAACAUGCUCAUUGGAUCAUAGUGCUUUACUUUGGGAUGACAGAUUAACAAGACCCGCAAUAGCUCUGUGCGAAGAUCACCCCUCUCGCUUUAAAAAUUUGGCAUGGGCUGACGUCAACGAAAUUUCCAAUGAUAAUAUGGUGUAUUUAGGCGAUGAAUCUGGUUUUGUUCAUGCAGUUGAUAAACGAUUACCUCACAAAUUUGUUCAGAGCUCCAAAUGUUUAAACAGACCAAUUCAUAAAAUUGUGCCAAAAGGAAAUAAAAUAGCUGUUAUUGGUGACACUAAUAUAGUGAAAAUAAUUGAAGCGACCGAUCACAGCACCAUUUAUACAAAUGUUGAGGCUGAGAGUUUUGUGCGAGACGGCGUUUGGCGAGGGGCUUCAGAACUGUUAACAGUUGGAUAUGAGGGCAAACUGCGUAUACAUAAGUUACAGUAAUCAAAGUUAAAGGAGUAAAUAAAAUUUGGUUAAGUUUUUACUAUUAUGAUAUUCUUUAACCAGAUAUAACGCAUUUAGAGUAUAUAAUUUAGUUAAAGUACAUCAAUAAAAUAUGACAAGCUAGUCUUAAAACAGA